AAGGAAGUGGAUGGAGGCGGUCCAACCGGUUCUGGCUUCUACCUCAGCACUCUCCAAGCCGGAGAGAGACCAAGGGACACUGGAUGCAUUUGCUACACGUUUAGACGGGGGGGUUCUGGUGGAGUGGCUUCAGAUUGGAUCCAAGAAGAGCGGGAGGCCAGUGAAUGCAGGAUGGGGUCGGACGACACGUAUAAUUUUGUCUUUAAGGUUGUUCUAAUCGGGGAGUCCGGUGUGGGCAAGAGCAACCUUCUGACCCGCUUCACCAAGAACGAGUUCAACCACGACAGUCGCACCACCAUCGGCGUGGAGUUCAGCACCCGCACCGUCCAGCUGGACAACUGCACCAUCAAGAUGCAAGUGUGGGACACGGCCGGACUGGAGCGCUACCGGGCCAUCACCUCCGCGUAUUACCGAGGAGCCGUGGGGGCGCUGCUGGUCUACGACAUCACCAAGCACGUGACCUACGAGAGCGCCGAGCGCUGGCUGAAGGAACUGUACGACCACGCGGACCCUCACAUGGUGGUCAUGCUGGUGGGAAACAAGAACGACCUGGAGGACAUGAGGACCAUACCCGCUGAGGAGGCCAAGGCCUUUGCAGAGACGAAUGGUUUGAUGUUCAUGGAGACGUCGGCGUUGGAUUCCACCAACGUUGAAGCGGCGUUCAUUGACGUCCUCACAGCGAUCCAUCGCAAGGUGGCCAGCAGACAGGUGACGCGGGGUUCCAUCAGCGCCGUCACCCUAUCAGGACCCACCCAUCCCGCCAGUGAGGCCCAGCAGGAGGGCAGAGGAUGCUGCAGGAGCUGAGCGGGCCUCAACGGCGCGUUAACCAACGUAACACACACACACACCACAACCACACGCUCCUCUUAUUUGGGUGCUCAUGGUAUUUUUUUUAUUUAACAAAAGAAAAACAUGAAUGGCUGUACAUGCCUAGCUUUCAUUGUAAACUGCUGUUGUUGUUAGAAUACAAAGAAAACACUGGCAAUAAAUUAUUUCCUUGAUUUACUCAAUGACUUGAUGAAUGAACAUACACUCACUCCUUCUAUUUGCAUCCUGUUAUCAUCAUC